CAGAACAGAACAGAACAGAACAGAACAGAAUAGCUGCCUCUUCUGGAGAUGAGGAAGAGCAUCUACCAGAGACAAAAGCACAGUGCUCGUGGGACUCCUGGCACUGACCCGUUAGUGUCACACGGCUCUGCUCUGCUGGGAACACGGGCAAUGGGCAGUGGCUAUUGCAGGUGGCUCCAGCUUCCCCAACAGACUUGGAGAAGGAUGGAAAAGGACGCAGGAAUGCCUCGGCGUACUGUGCAUCUGUGUGCCCUCCCUGCAACCACAGAGAAUUUGGGGGGACUCUAUGAUGUUUUCCGGCAGGCAUCCUGCUUUGGCGUUAGUGAGCCCAUCACAGAUGUCAGCGGUGACUUUUUUCUCUGUUUCAAGACUGUUCUGGAUGUCAGUCCAGGGAAGACCCAACAGUUUCAAGACGAGAUUACCUGCUAGCAAGAGUUAACGCUUCCCAGAUGGGCAACUCCUUCAGCACCCACUUCUGAAGCUGUCAGAUCUCCUUGCGCGUCACACUCUCCACCAGCUCUAGCCACAGCAAUACAGAAAUGAAAAUAAACCUUCAUUACAGGGCGCUCCGUUCGUUCCUUAGCCAGGGAACGCUAACGGAUGGAAGCGGGGACGGACGUUUCCGUGGCACCCCACUGCCGAACCCCGCACCCCACCGCUCCCCACGCGCGUUCUCCCGGCAGCGCUGCCCCCGCCCCUCCCUCGGGCCGGCUCCGACCGCACGUGGCGCGGCGGCUGCCCGCCCCCCGGCCCACGUGUGCCGCCGCUCCGCUCCGCUCCGCGCCGCGCCGCGCCGGCUCCCCGCUGCAGUCCCGGUGCGGUGCGGGCGCUGCGGUGCCGGCAUGGCGGCGGCGGGCCCGGGGCGCGGCGGCAGCGGCGGCUGGGGCCGGAGCCGGGGCGCGGUGCUGCUGCUCUUCUUCUCGCUGUCCCCGCGGCCGCCGGCCGGGGCCGCCUGGCUGCUGGGGCUGCGGCCCGAAGACACGGCGCCGGGCCGGGUGUCCCUGGAGGGCGGCGCGGUGCAGGCGGCCGAGGGCAGCCGCUUCCUGCUGCGCCUCUACUUCCAGCCGCAGCCCGAGGGCAACGGCAGCCGCGGGCCGGCGGGCGAGAGGGAGCCGCGCUUGGUCUUCAUCGAGGAGGCGGCGGCGGCGGCGGGAGGGGGGAAAGCGGCGCGGGGCCCGGCGGAGCGGUGCCGGGAGCGCAGCGCCUGGGCCUCGGACGUGGAGGUGGUGGGGCCGCUGCGCUCGGGCGGCGCGGCGGGCUCGGCGCUGGCCGAGGUGCGGGUGCGGGAGCCGCGCAAGGGCGAAGCGGCGGCGGCGCCGGGCGGGCGGCUCUUCUCGCUGUGCGCGUGGGACGGACGGGCGUGGGCGCAUCACGGCGCGGCGGGCGGCUUCCUGCUGCGGGUGCGGCCGGCCUCCCCCGCGCUGGGCGCCUGGCUACUGCCGCUGCCCGAGGCGGGCUGGCUGCGGGCGCUGGGCGCGCUGCUGCUGCUGGGGCUGUCGGCGCUGUUCAGCGGGCUGCGCCUCUCGCUGCUCUCGCUGGACCCGCUGGAGCUCCGCGUCCUGCGCAACAGCGGCUCGGCCGCCGAGCGGGAGCAGGCGCGGCGGGUGCAGGCGGUGCGCGGCGGCGGAGGCACCUACCUGCUGUGCACGCUGCUGCUGGGCCAGGCGGGGGCCAACGCGGCGCUGGCCGGCUGGCUGUGCGCGUCGUUGCCCGGCGGAGGGCCGGCGGCUGGCGGAGGGCCGCGUGGAGCGCCGUGGCUGCCGGUGCUGCUGUGCGCGGCCGCCGUUUUCCUGGGCGGCGAGGUGCUGCCCUACUCGGUGUGCUCGCGGCACGGGCUGGCCAUCGCGUCGCGCACGCUGUGCCUCACCCGGCUGCUGAUGCUGGCCGCUUUCCCGCUGUGCUACCCGCUCAGCCGGCUGCUGGACUGGGCGCUCCGGCAGGAGCUCAGCGUUUUCUCCACGCGGGAGCGGCUGCUGGAGACGCUGCGCGCCGCCGGGCCCCACGGCGACCUGGUGCGGGAGGAGUUGGCCAUGGUGCAGGGAGCGCUGGAGCUGCGCACCAAAGUGGUGGAGGACGUGCUGACGCCGCUGGCCGACUGCUUCAUGCUGCGCGCCGACGCCGUGCUGGAUUUCGCCACCGUCUCUGAGAUCCUUCGCUCCGGCUAUACACGCAUCCCCGUCUACGAGGGUGACCGGCGUGACAACAUCGUCGACCUGCUCUUUGUCAAGGACCUGGCCUUUGUUGACCCCGAUGACUGCACCCCGCUGCAGACCGUCACCCGCUUCUACCGCCGCCCGCUCCACUGCGUCUUCAAUGACACGCGCCUCGACACGCUGCUCGAGGAGUUCAAGAAGGGGAAGUCCCACCUGGCCAUCGUGCAGCGGGUGAACAACGAAGGGGAAGGAGACCCGUUCUACGAGGUGAUGGGCAUUGUCACCCUUGAGGAUGUCAUUGAGGAGAUCAUCAAAUCCGAGAUCCUGGAUGAGACGGAUCUGUACACAGACAACCGGAAAAAGGAACGCGUGCCCCACCGGGGCCGCAAGCCCCAGGACUUCUCCAUCUUCAGGCUGUCAGACAGUGAGAUGAAGGUGAAGAUCUCCCCGCAGCUCCUGCUGGCGACACAUCGCUUCAUGGCUACAGAGGUGGAGCCCUUCAAGUCCCCAUACCUCUCCGAGAAAAUCCUGCUGCGGCUCCUCAAGCACCCCAAUGUCAUCCAGGAGCUGAAGUAUGACCGCAAGAACAAGAAGGCAGCAGAGCAUUACCUCUACCAGCGCAACCGCCCCGUCGACUACUUUGUGCUCAUCCUGCAGGGAAAAGUGGAGGUGGAGGUUGGCAAGGAAGGGCUGCGCUUUGAGAACGGGGCAUUCACUUACUAUGGAGUCCCUGCCAUCAUGGCUGUCGUCUCCUCGGAUAACGAUGUGCGGAAAGUGGGCAGCCUGGCGGGAUCCUCCUUCCUGCUGAACCGGUCCCCCUCGCGGUGCAGCGGGCUCAACCGCUCCGAGUCCCCGAACCGGGAGCACAAUGAUUAUGGGGGCAGCACCACGCAGCUCUACAGCAGCAGCAACAACAUCUACACUCCCGACUACUCCGUGCACAUCCUUUGUGAUGUCCAAUUUGUCAAGGUGACCCGGCAGCAGUACCAGAAUGCGCUGGUGGCCAGCCGCAUGGACAGCUCGCCCCAGUCCCCCGAUGUGGAAGCCUUUGACAGGGACUCAACAAAGGCUUCAACAGUUCGGGGCACCCCACAAACACCUAAAGAGGAUACCACCACCCUCCUGAUCGAGAGGAACAGCCGGUCUGAGGGUCAGCGCAGCCCCAGUGACUCUGUGUGCCUGCGCAUGGAGGCCAUCCCCUUCAUCCAGGAGGAGCUGGCAGAGCAGCAGGAUGGUGGUGAGCAGCAGGGUGAGGCACAGCAGGCAGGCUGGGCUCUUGCAGACAGGGAGUGCUGCGGCCCUGGGCUGGAGGCAGAGUCCCCAGGAAGGGAGGUCGGGAGCGGCUCCUCUCCCAGCAGUUCCGAGGAGACUUUGGGCAAGAGGCUGCUGAGAUCACUGAGUGAGCGCAGGCAGCGGCAGUCACCAGAGGGUGAGCAGAUGCCAGAAGAGAGUUCCAACUUCCCCCCGCUGAUCACCUGAGCAGCAGCGUGGCCAGAGCACGGUGCUGGAGGCCCACGUGGACCCCAGGUCUGCAGCAUGGUGGUCUCCUACCGCAAAGCCCUUGUCCAGCAGCAGCAGGUCUGCACUCGCUCUGCCCGUCUGCUCGUGCCGC